AUGGCCCAGGCAGACGCGAACCACCUGCACCACUACAAUAGGAGAACCAUCACGGAGGAUAACUCAGGUGUGCCGCACCAAUGGAGCAACAGAAAGACCAGUUCGCGCACGUCCCUUAAGGACAUGCACAAAGGGUACUCCUUCCCACUGAAAUUUAAGAAAAAUGACGAAACGGGGGGAGAGGCAAGCGUGGUGGAAGUGCAAUUGGAUGUAAAAGGAGCGACUAACGAAUUUGGUGCUCCAUUCUCCGCAGAGGCAAACAAAACACAGCGAGGAAGGAGGAGCACUCACCUGGUCGAGCAGACGUCCGAACUCUUUUGCGAUGACCAGGUGGGAGCCUCGAGGAGUGAAAGACGAAGCAGCCAAGGGGGAGAUGCAAAGAAAGGGGUGGCUAUGAAACUCGCAGACAGCCACAUACUGAGCAAACUCACGAGGACGCUGCUCCAGGGGAUCCAGGCGAAGGUGGAAGAAGAGGGUAAUGAGGCGGGGAGCGAACUUAAGAGUAAACGCAAAGGAGAAGAAAAACCCAUAUGUAGAGGGCGCUCAAGCUCGGCGAUGCGCGAAAGGAACUUGUGGAGCGCGGGGGACGAGCUGGGUGGAGAGUCUCCCACAGGGGGACUCCCUAAUGGUGCGAAGUGGACUACGUUGGGCAGCGGUAGCCAGGGGGGAGUGUUCCGGCGGAAGGGGCGAGCCUCCCACGUUGGCGACGGCCCCACGGAGGGCAGCGCGCUGAAGGGUGAAACCUUAGCCAGCGCCCCGCAGGUCGGCCAGCAGACAGCCCAGCAGACAGCCCAGCAGACAGCCCAGCAGACAGCCCAGCAGAUAGCCCAGCAGGUCGUUCCGCAGGCCGUUCCGCAAGCCGUUCCGCAAGCCGUUUCGCAAAUCGCUCAGCAGGCCGAACGAACCUUCUACGUGUACCAGACGGAGGGGCAAAUCCCUCCCUCCUGCGAAAGCAGCGAGCUUGUGGGAAUUGCUCAGCAGGAGGGAAAGGGACCCGCUGUGGGCAGCAAAAGCGUUUGCUUUGUAGACGAGGGGAGGCACAGCGGUGGUGGUUAUGCCAACUCGGUGCAAGCGGAAGGGGUGUAUCUUCGCGACAGCUUCCAGGGCGGAAUGGGUCCUUACCUUCUGCAGGAAUCGCUCAUCACGGAUGGUAGCGGUAGUGUGGUUGGAGGUGGUAGUGUUAUUGGAAGCGGCAGCAUGGUUGGAAGCAGCAGCGUGCUUGGAGGAGGCAUCCUGGUUGGGAGCGGCGCUGAUGGGGUGGCCUACCACUUCGUCGACGCGGGGGACGUGCGCGGGGGGGGUUCUGCGAGCUGGGUGGGCUCCGUGGAUUUGGGGGGCUACGGGGGCCAGCAGGGAGUCGCCAGCCAAGCGGUCCAGGCGAAUUGGAGCGGUCACCCCCAGCAUGGCCACCAACCCAGUUAUGCCGCCCACCCCCAGCAUGGCUGCCACCCCCACUACGCCAACUACGAGAUGACGCAAACCCCCGCCGCCGCGUCGAUCCGAAUCAGCAGUGGAGGUCAUCCCAAAGGAGUGCCGCCCCCCCAGAAGCAGUCCUACCGCGUGCCCCCCCCAGCAACCUUCGCGAAGAAAAGCUUCUUCUGCAACAGCUCCGUGCGAAAUAAGCAGCUCCAGGGGGGGAAGCAGUGGAGGGGCAACAAGACGGAGAUAUUAAUUUAUCCUAACGGGGGUCGCGGUCAUCUGGUAAGGAGCGGCCAUCUGGAAAGGAGCGGCCACCUGGCAAGGAAUGGCGGUUUGCCGAAUGAACCCAGGAGGAACUCACCUGGCAGACGGGAGAGCCCCCUUCUCCUCUCCUCUCCGAACAAAGCGACGAUUCGCCCCCCCAGCAGCAACGUUUUCAUUCGAACCAAAUCGCUGCAGCGUCGGUCAGGGAGCGGAAGGAAGAGCAAAGGGUCUGUGUCCCCCCUAAGUGGUUUUUCCUUAGGCAGGCAGAAGUCACUCCCAGUUAGGACCCCCUCAAGGAAUGCCAGUUCCUCCACCCCCAUCUGCACGCAAGAGAUAACUUAUAGCUGCCCAUCACAGGGGGAUUGCAUAGCUGGGGUGGUAGGAGACCAAAGAGUUAUAAAAGCCUUUGCGUCAACUCUCCCCCAUGGAAGUCACCACAGCGGAUUGGUCAUAAGGCAGCAGAGCAACUCAGGUGGUUCCUGCAAAAGGGAGGCAGAUGAAGAUGUGAGGAGUUACAUAAAUAAGUGCUCCACAGAAGUGUCUAGCAAGGUGACGGACGUGGGGUCUCCCCUCGGUGGUCAGAUGGAUGCCUUGAAUGGCAAAAUUGGACGGCUGACCAGCCGGAUUCGAUCCAUCACCGCGGAGAAGUGGAACUUGAGCGAGUUGGCCCGGCUCUACAAGGUAACGCGGUGGAGCGAUGAAGCGGUAAAGCGGCUUCUUCUGCACGCGGUGACCGCUUCUAACGCGGUGAUCGCUUCUAACUAG